ACUUAUGUACGUAAUUGUACCAAAAGUCGGAAAUAAUACUGUUAUUUUAGUUAUCAGUAAUUUGAAAUUUGAUUUUAGUAUUACGUUACGUAAAUGUUACGUAACCACAUGGUUCAAAAGUGAUUUAAUUCGGGUCAUGAAGUACUUGUCCAAGACUAUCUUAUAUUUAUAAUGUUAUCAAUGUAUUCUUCAUACCCUACAUAGAAAUAAUGGAACAAGGCACCAUGAACUCCGAAAAGUGAAAGAUCGCAUUAAUGUAAUGUUUUAUUUUAUUAAAGUUUGAUUAUAACAAUUAAUAUCCCAAUAUGUAUCCUCGUUGUGGCAGUAGCGGAUCUAUUCAAAACAUACAUCAAACGCCGUCCUCCUCAAAUCAAAACACAGAGGAUGAAGAUGACAGUGGUGACAACAAGGCAUCUGCACUCAGUUUCAAAGAGAGAAGAAGGGAAGCUCACACACAGGCAGAGCAGAAAAGAAGAGAUGCAAUUAAGAAGGGCUAUGAUUCACUCCAAGACCUUGUGCCUACUUGUCAGCAGAGUGAUGCGUCUGGCUACAAACCAAGCAAAGCUGCAGUCCUUCAGAAAUCAAUUGACUACAUCCAGUAUUUGUUACAACAGCGUCGUAGACAGGAAGAAGAGCGCAAUGCAUUGCGUAAAGAUGUUGUCGCUCUUCGAAUAAUGCAAGCAAAUUAUGAACAAAUUGUUAAAGCUCAACAUUCCGUACCUGGUCUGAAUGAGCAAAGGCUGACGGACCAAGACAAAUUUCAAGUGUUUCAGGGUAUAAUGGAUAAGCUGUUUGAAUCAUUUGAAUCUGUACCGACAAACGACUUCGCUGAGUUCUCAGCGGGUGUCUUCAAUUGGCUGGAAGAAUAUUGCAAACCACAAUCCUUGAGGACUAUGGUACACGGUGUGCUGAGAGAUCAGAACUACACACUUUAAAUAACAAAUAUCUUUUCAAAAUAUUUCACAGCAGUUUGAGUAACCUCAAAAAAAAAAAAGUACUAGAAUAAUAAUUUUGCCAAUUAACGUUUUAUUCUACUUAUUAUUUUGUUUCUGCAUUUCCAUGAUUAUUCUUGAGUUAUCAAAUUUAUUUUAGUAGCACAAUAAAUACUAGGAGUGUUCAGUAAAAAGUGAUUAGAGUAUGACGCAAUUAUCUCUUAUUUAACUUCAUAAUAUUAUAUUUCGACGUAGUCACCUUUUAGAUACACAGAUAUAGUUUUUAGAUACACUUUGUAUGCCUUUCUUCUAAAACUAUAAUUUCCAUUUCAAAAACAAACUUCUUGAACCCUUAGGAAACCGUCUACCGCGGCGACUAUUGCGUCAUCAUCUUCAAAUUUAUGACCCCUGAGAUGUUCCUUUAACCGCGAAAAUACGUAGAAAUCACUAGAACCUAGGUCCGGUGAACAUGGAGGAUGUUCCAAUUCAAAGGCAGCUUCUUGUAUGGCAGCCAUCGCAACUCUGGACUUAUGCGGGGGGUGUUAUAUUAGUGAAACAAAGCAAUUUUAGCGUUUGCCACGCGGUUGCUUGCGUAUUUCCUCACGCAACUUUGUCAUUUGUUCUGCGUACAAAGUCGCCGUAAUAGUGGCUCCAUGAUUAAGGUAUUCGAUCAUUACCACCACUUGGCUGUCCCAGAAAAAACCCAUGAUCUUACCUGUUGAUGAAAUCGCUUUGGUCUCUUCUCAGUCGUGGAUUGUUUUUUUUUUUCGUUUCCGGAUAAUAAUUGUGAAGCCAUGUUUCGUAUAUAGUAUGAAUGGAGCCAAAAAUCAGUAAAGUUCUUGUUGCAACAAAGUCAAACAGCUUUGUGAAAUACUCACUCUUGCUUGGUUCUGCGCGUCAGACAGCUUUCCGGUCAUUCAGCGCGCUGAGACUUUUUUCAUACUUUUAUAUUCUGCUAUAAAACAACAGUAAUAUGACGAUCCCGCAAGACAAUUUUAUCAACUUUUUAUAUCAUUUCUUCAGUCACUACCGAUGUAGGGCGUCCCAUGCGGGGGACGUCGUUAAUGGAAGUUCUUCCUCACUUGAACUUUGAUGAGUUGACACCAAAGCGCAACCGUAGAAUACGGAGGAGCAUGAACUCCUAAUGUUGCUCUCAAAUCUUGAUAUGGCAGCUCCGUAGUAAAAUUUUUCAAACAGCAAUAUUUUAUUACCGCGCGAACUUCAAUUUAUCCAUUUUUAAGAAUACGUUCCGACACAAUGCAAAUCGAUGACUUCUAUUUAAAAAAAAAAGAAAAAAUAAAAUUGGUUGUUUUUUUUUGAUAUAGGAGAAUGUAUCGCAUUUUCACUAUUUAUUGAACACCCCUCGCACAACGCGCAUCAUACAGGCUGUUAUAUAAAAUUGAAACACUCGUGAUGUUUUGAAAGAUGUCUAUAUUGUAUCGUAAAACGAAUGAGAGCAUGCCAUAAAUCACAAUAAAAGUAGCUAUCAAAAACACAUUGGAAAAAAGAAUGACAAUUUCAUAAAGCUUGAGAAUUAUGUUUUGAUAUAAUUAAAACUACUUGUGCAGUUUAAUGUCGCUUUUUUAUAAUCAUUAUAUUAUUUCCAAUGUUUCGAAUAUUUAACAGUUUGCGUGUUCACAGAAAUAAUAUUAUUAUAAUUUCAACAAAAAUUCGCGAGAUUAAACCUUAAAGUAGUUUUGAUAGUUAUCAUGUCUACGGCUUGCAAAAAUCGAAAUGUUUCGAUAUACUUACUCUACAAUGUAAACAAAGUUUACACAAUUUUGUCAUACUGUAAAAUGGAUCGAAGAAACAAUCCAAAAUCUUAUGUAAUUUGAGUGCCUUGUAACAUAAGUAUAUUUAAAUUAACAAUGUUAUUGAAUAUAUUAAACUUGUUUCAUAUAUAA